GCACAAUUUUUUUUCCCAAUCUCCUCCUCCUUCGCCCUCUUCUCUCCAACCUCCUCCCCCCUCGCAGCUGCCUCCAAUGCCUCUUUCCGCCCUCGUCGCGGCGGUUCUUCUCCUCCUCGCCGCCUCCGGCCGGGCAUUGGCGGCUUCCCAAGAGCUUCCCCUCUUCCGCGAGGCCCCUGCCUUCCGCAACGGUCCCGGCUGCGCCGCCGCCCCCACCAUCCACAUCGCCAUGACUCUCGACGCCGCCUACCUACGGGGCUCCCUCGCCGGUGUUCUCUCCGUCCUCCGCCACGCCUCUUGUCCCGAAUCCAUCGCCUUCCAUUUCCUCGCUACCCGGCCGCGACGUUUCCGCCCCGCCGUCGCGACCUCCUUUCCCUCCCUCGCCUUCAACGUCUACCGCUUCGAUCCGGACCUCGUCCGCGGCCGCAUCUCUUCCUCCGUCCGCCGCGCCCUCGACCAGCCGCUCAAUUACGCGCGCAUCUACCUCGCCGACAUCCUCCCCAGCUCUGUCCGCCGCGUAAUCUACUUCGACUCCGACCUCGUGGUGGUCGACGACGUCGCCCGCCUCUGGGCCACCGACCUCUCACCUGACCACAUCCUCGCCGCCCCAGAGUACUGCCACGCCAACUUCACCUCCUACUUCACCGACCGAUUCUGGUCCGACCCGGUCUUCCCCGGCCCUCUCGCUGGUCGCCGCCGCCCGCCCUGCUACUUCAACACCGGAGUCAUGGUCAUGGACCUCGACCGCUGGCGCGCCGGCGGGUACACCCGGAAGCUGGAGUCCUGGAUGGAUAUCCAGAAACGCGAGGCGCGGAUCUACGAGCUGGGCUCGCUGCCCCCUUUCCUACUCGUCUUCGCCGGCGAGGUCAAGGGGGUGGACCACCGGUGGAACCAGCACGGCCUCGGCGGCGACAACGUGAAGGGCCUAUGCCGCGAUCUUCAUCCGGGGCCAGUAAGCCUCCUCCAUUGGAGCGGUAAGGGAAAACCCUGGCUACGCCUCGACGCCGGCAGCCCCUGCCCCCUCGACGCGCUCUGGGCGCCCUACGAUCUCCUCCGCCGCGACGACCGCGACGACCUCUUUGCCGACGUCUGACCUCUACCGCUCUUCUCUCCCUACCACCGUGCUCCGUCAGCCGGCGUCGCUGACCAGUGCGAUCGGAUCGGCUUACCGCUGGCGCACCGGGGCGAGCGGGCGGUUGGGUUCGACUUCGAUCGAACAAUUGGCACGUGACGAGUCAAAGAGUUGAACGCGUAACAGCUGGCGCCGGGUCCGUGAGCGAUUAAAAUGACACUGGCAACCGGCGUUAAGCGGUGAUCGGUGGCUUACCUUUUCGCUUUAAUUUAAUUUAAUUUAAUUUAAUUUUUACGAGUUCAUCCAGUUGCAUAGAUAAAGUUUUCACAAAUUUUGGCGGGGACUCUGAAAUAAUGAAGAAAGCUGACAGACAGAGAUGAUAGAAAUUAUUUUGUAUUAUUAUUGUUUUUUUAUUUUUUUUGUUAUGGUGUUCCAGUUCGUUGUGGUGGAAGCCAGUGAGAUGGCUGCUUUUUUAUAUGAAAAAAAGGCAAUUUCCCCCCAUUUUUAAAUGGCUGUGACUUGAGAAAGGAGGGAAUACUACUUGUAUCUGCUGGCAUCUUGUGAAGGUGGCAAGGAAUCCAUUGACAGUGAACUUACAAAAUUGCCUCCAUGAAUGGAUUGUUCUUUUCUGGCUCAAAA